UCAAAAUGGAGAGAAAAACACCAAACUUAACAGUUCAACCUCCAAAAAACGGAAAACUUAUUACAAUUCUCAGUAUUGAUGGAGGAGGAAUUCGAGGAAUUAUUUCGAGCGUUAUUCUAGCUUACCUCGAGUAUCAACUUCAGGAACUAGAUGGUGAAGAUGCAAGGCUUGCAGAUUAUUUUGACGUAAUUUCAGGAACCAGUACAGGAGGCCUCAUAACAGCCAUGUUAACCGCACCAAAUGAAAAUAAUCGUCCUCUAUACGCGGCCAACGAAUUAGUACCUUUUUACAUCAAGAAUGGUCCUAAAAUUUUCCCCCAAACAUGUGCGGCGCUAGCUUGGCUUGUAAAUUUAUGGAAAGUUCUAACAGGAAGCAAAUAUGACGGGAAGUAUCUCCACAAGUUGAUAAGGGAGAAUUUAAAGUACAAAAGAUUGCAUCAAACUUUGACGAACAUAGUUAUUCCAACUUUCGACAUCAAGAAACUUCAGCCCACUCUCUUUUCCUCGUAUCAGUUACAAGCCGAUACAGAAUUAGAUGCUAAAUUAUCAGACAUUUGCAUAGCGACCUCAGCAGCGCCAACUUAUUUUCCUGCCCAUUACUUUACCAACGAAGAUGAAAAUGGAGUUAUGAAAGAAUUCAAUCUCAUCGAUGGUGGGGUGGCAGCCAACAAUCCUACUUUGGUUGCAAUGAGUGAGGUGACAAAACAGAUAACAAAGAAGAAUCCGGAUUUCUUCCCGGAAAUCAAGUCCUUGGAAUAUGACCGUUUUCUUGUGAUUUCAGUCGGAACAGGAUCACAAAGGAAACAAGGAAAAUACAGUGCUAAAAGGGUUUCAAAGUGGGGGGUUCUCUCUUGGGUGUACGAUGAUGGAUCUUCUCCAAUAAUUGAUUGUUACAAUGAAGCAAGUGACGAAAUGGUGGAUUACCAUAUCGCUGCUGUUUUUCAAGCCCUUCACCAAGAGGAGAAUUACCUCAGGAUCAAUGAUGACACCCUACAAGGAGUUUUGGCUUCUAUUGAUGUAACUACGAGUAAGAAUUUGGGAAACCUCAUUAAAGUUGGGGAGAAGUUGUUGACAAAACCAGUGUCCCGUGUAAAUUUAGAAACUGGUGUCAAUGAACCAGUUGAAGGUGCUGACACCAACAUGGAAGCACUCAAAAGGUUUGCAGAAAAGCUCUCUGAAGAAAAAAAGCUCCGGGAAUCAAAAUCCCCGCAUACGCGAAACUAACUCAAUUUCGAAUAGAUA